AUGGGAAAUAUCAACAAGGCAUCUAGAAAAAACAGUACAAAGACUAAGGGGAUGUCACCCGUCAAGCAAAGUGGGUCCCCAGAGACUCCGGGCACACUCGGGGGCCUGAGAGAUGCAGGUGAGAUGGACACAGAAGAAGACGAGGAUCGAGGGAGCGAGCCGGAGUUCGAUGAGCCGCUCUGCGCGCUGGUUAAGAACUGCAACAUGUUGCACAACAUCGUGGGGCCCGCGUGUAUCUUCCUCAAACAGGGAUUCGCGCAGAGCCAGAUCGACCGGGAUCUGCGGCCUGAAGAAAUGGAAGAGCUGCGUGAGGCUUUCAGAGAGUUUGACAAAGACAAGGAUGGCUUUAUCAGCUGUAAGGACCUUGGCGAGUGCAUGAGGACGAUGGGAUACAUGCCAACAGAAAUGGAGCUGAUAGAGCUCAGCCAGCAGAUCUGUGGGGGGAGAGUGGACUUUGAGGACUUUGUGGAGUUGAUGGGUCCCAAAAUGCUGGCUGAGACUGCAGACAUGAUUGGAGUCAAAGAGCUGAGAGACGCCUUCAAAGAGUUUGACUCUGAUGGGGAUGGUCAGAUCAGCCUUGGGGAGCUGAGAGAAGCCAUGAAGAAGCUGAUGGGAGAGCAACUCAACCACCGCGAGAUCGAUGAGAUCCUGCGUGACGUCGACCUCAACGGGGACGGAGAGGUAGACUUUGAGGAGUUUGUGCGAAUGAUGUCUCGCUGAGCGAACCGUCUUUGCUGCACUGAAUGGGGUCUACACACUGUUCAUGUUCUUGUCACUGUAAUUCUUCUUGAUGUCCAUUUAUAUUUGUGUCCAUCCUUCCAUUCUCUAACAAGUGUAAGAGAACCCUCUGCAUGUGUUACUGUUCUGUGCGUACGUAAUGUAAUUGUUGUGACAUGUAAUAGAAUGACGUGAACUAGACGGGCAGUUGAAGAAAGACAGGGACGACUACGCUGCAACUGUCCUGGAAAAGACAAUGUCACACAGUAUGCUGACUCAUACCGGUCAAAUGUUGAAAUUAGAACGAAAGAGAAGGAAAGGCUUUUGUUAAAACAAAACCAACCUCCAACGUAUUUUAAUCAUACAAAUAUGCGGGUUGGUUUGUCACCUUGGAAAACGUCUAUGCAGUUACUCACACAUACAAUGCCACUUUUAAAUGUAUUUAUUGAGGUUUUUGUACUUGAUUUAUUUUUCCAA